AUGACACGCGAUGAAAGAGAAGCACUAUCACAACGCAUUUGUCACUUCUAUCUUGAUUCUUCGAAUCGGCCCGUUAAAACUACGGUAAAUUAUUUUAUGAAACAAAAUAUUCCAUCAAAAACCAUAUAUUAUGCAUUAAGUAAGUAUUUAAAAUAUAGAACAACCAAAGAUCUACGACGAACAGGUCGUCCAUUGAAAUUAACCACUGAGCAUAUGCAAGACAUUGUCAAAUCUGUCAACAAUCGAUGUGGCCUUAGUCAACGUAAAAUGGCACGACGCUUUCAAGUACAUCAGUCAACUAUUUCACGGAAUCUACGAAGACGAACAGCAGUCGUUAUUAGAAAACGUCGGAAGGCUCCAAGAAUGGACAACAAAGAACAAGAAAAGCGAGCACGAAAAAACUGUGGAAAAUUAUAUCAUCAGUUGUUGAACGGUUGUGAUCCGAUUCUUGAUGAUGAAAAAUACUUUAAAUUAAGUGGUAACAAUGUCUGUGGUAAUCGAUAUUUUUAUUCUACUGAUCCAAGCAGAGCUCCUUCUAACAUUAAAUUUCAAAGAAAAAAGAAAUUUGAACCAAAAGUAAUGAUUUGGAUGGCUUGUUCUUCGAAAGGUAUUUCUGAUAUAUACGCUCAUAGAAGCAAGCAAGCUAUUAAUCAACACACAUAUCUUAAAGAGUGUAUUAAUAAGAGACUACUUCUUUUUAUCAAAAGAUAUCAUAAUGAUGGAAAUUAUCUCUGCUGGCCCGACUUGGCCAAUGCUCAUUAUGCAAAAGUAGUACAGACACGUUUAAACGAGAAAAAUGUACUAUAUGUUCGUCGCCAAGAUAAUCCUCCAAAUGUACCUCAAGCUCGUCCAAUUGAAUAUGUUUGGGCUCAACUUGAACGAAAGAUGUAUGAAAAUAAUUGGGAAGUAAAAAAUGUGAAUACAUUGAUUCGGAGGAUCAGACAAAAGGUAAAGGAACUGGAUCGAAUAGCGUUGCAAACUAUGAUUCAGGCUACUCCAAUGAAACUUCGGGCUAUGUGGCGAAAUGGAUUAUAUUCAGUUUGCUAA